AUGAAGGAAGUUUUUUCAAAGAAAAAAAAGUUUGAGGAUUACGAGACUGUGAAGCUUACAAAGAAAUGCAAUGCCAUACUUCAGAAAAAGUUGCCUCAAAAGCUAAAGGAUCCAGGCAAAUUUACUAUUCUUUGCAAGAUUGGGGGACUAUCAUUUGAUAAAGCUCUGUGUGACCUUGGUGCUAGUAUUAAUUUGAUGUCGUUAUUAGUUUUUAAGAAGUUGGGUCUUGGGGAGGUAAAGCCUACAACCAUUACUUUACAAUUUGUUGAUCGUUCUUUUACAUAUCCACGUGGAGUUAUAGAAGUUGUCGUACUUAAAGUGGAUAAGUUUGUAUUUCUUGUUGAUUUUGUGGUAUUGGAUAUGGAGGAGGACCAUGAGAUUCCAUUGAUUCUUGGUCACUAUUUCUUAGCAAUUGGUGGAGCACUUAUUGAUGUACAAGCAUGCCAUUUAACCUUGCGAGUUAAUGAAGAAAAGGUUCGAUUUGAUAUUUACAAAGGUGCAAAUUGGCUAGUAACUCUGAAUACUUGCAAGAUGAUUGAAUCAUUAUCUCCUUUAGUGUAUGAAGAUAAAAAAAAAGGAGAUGUUAAUGUGAACCAAGAUGAUAAUGAUUUAGCCGAUGAGAAUAAUCGAAUGUUGUGUUGUAUAAUUCAAUGA